AGCCUAGGCCAGAUCAAGGCGCAAAACGUGACCGCGCGAUACGCGACUAGAUUGACCCUGGUCGCGAUCGGAAGCUCCACCCACCUUACAUCAAACAUGGCCGUAGCGAAGCCAUACGGUGUUGUUUUUGACACCAUUGGGAACCGACCUCGACGGCCGCAGCCUCGCCCAACGAAAGAGCUUAGCUGGGAGCUCGCCAAUCAUGCCAAAUCAUACCUUGAAGCUGGAGAAUAUGCAACAGGAUACGGAUUCCUCCACUCCCUAUUGUCUGCUGGAACAUCUAUAACUACACCUGCGAAACCUUAUGUCGGAAUGCUUGCGCCAGCCGCAUACAUCGCCUUUGCAUCCUCUCUCAUUGUCUACCCCGCAAUUACGACCAAAUCCUCGUCGGCUGAGACAGUCAAAGGCUCCGAUGCAGCCUUACGAUAUCUUCAAUGCAUCUACAAUACUGUCGAAGGUCCGGCGUAUAAAGUCGUGAGAAAAGCGCUAUCCUUCCCAGAUGAUCGCUCACGACGGCGUGGUCCCAAACAUGGGGAUGGAAGCCCGUCGCCGGGCGCUGGUGGGGACAUUGAGCGAUUGGACACUAAAGGAGCAGGCGCUUUGAGUGUUUGGAAUCGCGCAGAUGACUUCUGGCAUAUAGCGGGGUGGGCUUUCAAUUGUUCUAUUGUGCAUAAGAAACGAUGGACAAGAUGGAAGCUCUGGCUAGAGGUCAUGCUCGAUCUCCUUGAGGCAGACUGGGACACAUGCUGCGAGGAAUCAAAUGAUGCCACAGGUUCAAAAGAAAGCUUGCUUCAGGACAGUCUGAUAUGGAGAUACAUCAGCAGCGAGCAGCCCACGCAACGCUCCACUCGUCGGCGCAUUGUUGGAGCUGUGCUAGCAUUGGGAAACAAGACAUCACUCUCUCAAUAUCCAGAAGUCUGGAACAAGGAGACGAUGGGCCCAAAGUCACAAAAGGAUGACAGUAUGCCCGCUGCGACUCUUGACCUCGAGAACGGAGAGCUAGGCGAUUAUGUCAACGAGGACGAGGAUACGAUUAUGAUGGAUGCACCGGAGCAGGAUGCACCAAAGCGAAGAGGUCGACCACGCAAAUCCGCUAUCACAUUUGAAGAUUCUGAUGAAGAAAACUCACCCACCUCGCCAUCAGACGGAGUAGCGGCACUGGGCGGGAGAGAUUCGAUAGAGUUGCGCCAGCGACUCAUUGCUUUGAUUGCAUAUGUAGCUCAAGAGCUGCCUGAUUCCUUCACCAGCCUAGAGGACUUUUGCGAUGACUUCACGGAAAUUCUUAGGGGUGACGAUGUGCACGCAAGCGCUUUCGGCGUACUCAUUUCGACGUCGCGACUGCCGCCAGCCGUUCAAUUCGCUCUGAAUGGGAACUUCCUCCUCACAUAUGUAGCGUCUGAACCGCCAAAUUAUUUCCUUCAACGCCCCACACAAAACGAACUCGAGGAGGAGCUCAUGCCCCUCCGCGCCACAUCACAAAGCUAUACCCACAAUGCCAAGAUAUCGCUCAUUCUUGAGCAGAUGUUUCUAUCCAUGAUGAAAAAAAAUUGGGUAGAGUGGACCGAGUCUCUACAAGACGCCGUGGAAACUGGUAUCGAAGCUCGACAAAAGGUAUUUGGGUCGAGCAGAGGGAGGAAAGGCAAUGCGAAAAAUGAAGAGACUAGUAAAGCGGUGAUGGAGGAUGUGUCCAAUAGGCUCAUGGGUCUCGUUGAGAUAUUAGGGAUAGCUGCUGGGCGGGAACCCCAAACAUGGCCGCGGUCCUCAAAUGGCUCACCACUUUCCUCCUCAUCUGGAAGCGAGAGUGGGAUCGAAGUAGCAGUACCGGAAAGGUUCCGUCAAAAGGAGCCAGUUCCCAGGAAAUAA